AUGUCUGAUAUAAGCAGUUCCGAGGAGGGAAAGUUUAUGAAAAAUCAAACUAAAGCACCUAAACGAAAAUUUACUCACCGAUUUAGAAGUGAUUGGCUGAAUGAUGAUGACCUAAAACCAUGGUUGAUGAAGAGUAUAAAAGGUGAUACUUAUUUUAACUGUAAAUUUUGUAAAAUUGAUUUAAUGGGUGGUAUUUCUGCGGUUAAAAAACACGGAAAAAGUGAUAAACACGUUCAAUUAAUCCGUUCGAGAAAAAACACAAUGGAGAUUAAUAAGAUGACAACAGUUCAAAAUGCUUCAAAGCUUGUUAAAAAAACCAAAGAGGCAGAAAUUCGGUUGUCAAUGUUUAUAGUCGAACACAACAUUGCAAUACGAACAGUUGAUCAUCUGGUUUCAUUAAUAAAAAUAAUCGGUGAAGAUUCUGACGUUAUAAAAAAUCUUAAAUGCAAUCGAACAAAAGCAACGUCAGUGGUUUGCAAUGUGAUUGGAGAAUGUGGUAUGCAAAAUCUUAUUCAAAGGAUGAAGAACCAAAUGUUUUCAAUCAUGAUUGAUGAGUCGACCGACAAAUCUAGUGUUAAACAUUUGGCCAUAGUUACCCGUAUAGUGGAUACUGACAGCUACGAAGUCAGAGAUGAAUUCGCUGGACUUAUUAAAGUAAACAAUGCAACAGCUCAAUCUAUCUUUGAAACAGUUAUUAAUUUUUUUAAAAGUUACGAUAUUCCAUAUAAGUCAAAUCUAGUUGGUUUUGCUUCAGAUGGAGCCAAUGUUAUGUUUGGAGAACACCAUUCAGUGAAAACAUUAUUAGAAAAUGAAGUACCCUCCAUAUUUGUAAUUAAAUGUCUAUGUCAUUCAUUAGCUUUAUGUGCAUCAUAUGCAUGUAAAAAAAUCCCCAUUGAAGUUGAAGAAUUAAUGCGUGAAAUUUACACAUAUAUGAAGUAUAGUUACAAACGUCAGACACAUUUUGAAGAAUUUCAGAGUUUUGUAGAGGUUAAACCUCACAAACUUUUACAACCUAGUCAAACCAGAUGGUUGUCGCUUUAUGUCUGUGUUAAACGAGUACUUGAACAAUGGAAUGCACUCAAGUUAUAUUUUCAGGGGGCUCAUCAGUUUUAUAAACGAUUUCCGUUUAACUCCAGUUAUAUCAAAUCAUUGAAAGCAUUAAGUUUCUUGAACCCAAAUAACAUAUCCAAUAUAGUAUCAAUUGCUCCAGCUGCUACACAUUUUGAAUUAAUAUUAAAUAUGGAUUUAAACGAUUUGGAUAGGGAGUGGCGGUUACUAAAAAACAGUGUCGAAGACUACAAUAAUGAAACAAUUGCAUUUUGGAAAACGGUUAAAGACAUGAAAAAAGGUGAUGACAGUGAGUUAUUCCCCUUAUUAAAUAAAUUUAUUAAAUUUAUUUUAACAUUGCCACAUAGCAGCGCUGCUACUGAGAGAGUUUUUAGCACAAUAAAUCUAAAUAAAACCAAAACCAGAAAUAGGCUAGAAACCGAAACUUUGAGCGGAAUAAUGUUGAUGAACUGGAUAGUAAAAUUAGUAGCAAUGUUGCAUUGUUAG